AUGCAGCGCCUCGCACGCUUCACUACCACCUCACCAUCGCCGGCGAUGCUCGCCCGCCGCGCCGCCGCUCGCGCCGUCGCACAGCAGCAGCGCCAGUUCGGCAUCACAGCUGCCUACCGCGCGGGCCCGGCCGACCAGGCCGUCCCGCCGACGGAGCACACCCCCAACCCGACCGAGUCGGAGGAGGACGUCAGCGCCGACAGGUCGCCCGUCGAGCCCCUGCACAAGCCGAGGCCGACGGAGAGCGAGGAGGACGUUAAGGCAGACCGCAGCACGGAGGAUCCGAUCCACCCGAAGGGGACGGGGAGGCCUGUGGCCGAGAAGCAUUAA